CAUUUGCUGUAUCAAGAGAAGGAACUGAGCCAGGAUAGUGAUUGAGAUGAGGAUUCAACGGUGCUUUGAAGGAUACUUAAACGGUCCACUGAACUUGUUGAUGCGCAGCUAAGUCGACGACAUGCCUGAUAAAAGCGACAAACGGAACCUCAGCCAAUUCCACAACUGAACUCCAUAAACACCGGUAGAAAUCAAAGAGCCAAGUUUUUAUCUCGAACCUCGAACCCGGCAGGACAGAAUCACGAUGCAACGAACUAAAAUGACGCCAGUCUUGCAUGCGAAUGGCUUACAGAAAAUUGGAGAGGCUUGCCUCGAUCGAUGAGAGGAUACUGAUCCGUCCGCAAAGCUGAACGAGACUUGUAAAACACUCGAUUAUUCACAUCGAAUAUUCGCGUCAUGGAUGAUCCAGGCAUGGCGGUGUUCAACGGCUUCGACAUUAACGAAAACGAUACUGUCGACAAUAACAACAACAAUUCCCUCAAGAUGGAGGAGGUGAAUGCAAUUCUCAGUGACUUCUACAACAAUUUAAACAGCGAGACCAACUACCUUCUCAUCACCCUCUACGUUCCCGUGAUAGUCCUCGCCGUCACGGCCAACAUCCUCGUCAUCGUCGUCGUUCUCAAGUACCACUACAUGCGGAGUGUGACUAACUACUUUCUGGUUAAUCUCUCGGUCGCCGAUUUGCUCGUCACAACGAUCUGCAUGCCGAUAGCCGUCAGUCAAGCCGUCACCAUGAUUUGGGUCUACGGCGAGAUAAUGUGCAAGCUGUUCUUCUAUCUUCAAGGCGUUGCAGUGGCAGCUUCCGUCUUCACAAUAACGGCAAUGAGCAUCGACAGGUACCUUGCCAUAAGGAGUCCGAUAGCCUUCAGGAGAGUUUUCAAUAGACGGAGUACCAUACUCGUAAUCGCAGCUCUCUGGCUGGUCGCCCUGAGCAUCUUUGCCCCAGUUUUGCGAGCGGUGACGUUGAGCCCGAUGAGUGAAUUAGACAACAUAACGAUCGCAGGUCAACGCAUUGAACACCCAACGUUUUACGUCUGCUCCGAAGACUUCAAGCCACUUGGUAUCCACACGCACAUUUUUGGCGCCGCCUGCUUUGUUCUGGUCUACGCGAUUCCAGGCUUCAUCGUGAUCCUCGCGUACUCGAUGAUGGGCCGCACCCUCUGUGCCAGAAAACCACCUUUCGAUUGCGACAGUAUAGAAGGCAGCGCCAGCUCACAGCAGGGAUUUCGUUUAGUGCGUGAACGACGUCGCGUUGCUUGGAUCCUGCUUCUUUUGGCGGUUCUGUUCGCUUUAUGCUGGCUGCCCUACAACGUGCUCAGACUACUUAUGGACCUCGGCGCACUUGGGGGCGGCAGAAAUAUAUCGGAUGUUCUGUCCUACUGUUUGUUCCUGGGUCAUGCGAACAGCGCUCUCAACCCCAUCGUCUACUGCUUCAUGACGCGUAACUUCCGGCGCAGUGUCUCCGAAAUAUUGUUUCGCAGCCGACACGCUCUUGCCAGGCGCAAGCCUCAUCGUAAAACCACGGGGCCCGCUACGGGGACUUGCAUGGGAUGCAGCGGUUGCGGCGUGACCCCGGACGUCCCGUGGACAGACCCGUCAGGUCGACAAGGCCCCCGUUGUCCUCUAUGCCCGACCCAGGACCAGUUCGGGGCGGGUCAACAUCGGGCAGCAACAACGAGCAGCGGAUACGACAGCUUCUACAGUCGACACAGUCCGCACCGGCGGUGCUAUAUGAUGAAAGCCGUGUGCAGCCCCCGGCCUCAAGGUCAGGCACAAUGUCAAGGCCGACGGAACCAGGAGGUCGAUUCAAGCCGAGGGACGUACCAGAAGUCGGGCAAAAGCUGCAGUCAAAGCACUUGCGAUCAGAUCGACUCGACGCGGGCAAAAAUUUAAGCGCGACGGAGGUGACGGCGAAAACGGCGACGUCUACAACGAUGACGAAGCCUCCGUAAAACGGGAUGCGAUAGACAGCAUAGGAAUCUCGAGACUCCGCGCCGGACGACUCAAGAGUCUUACGUAUACAAGGGUGGUGUACAGAGGCACUCAAAGAUCGCUAUUAUCCGUGGAAAAUCAACCACCGACAAAUUCUCAACCAACUGUAGUCCGCAACGGUGGAGGACAAACAUCUUUAGCUAAUGAUCCCCAACGUUCUCUACCGACGCUAAGCUCUCAAAGAGUAUCCUUCGACGAGAAGACAAUUAAAAUAUAGUGUGAACGAGUUGGAUCGUCUAUCUCCGGUCUAAAUUACGCUCGUGUACUCGGGUUUCGACACUCUCCUAGACCGGAGGGUAUAAGUACAUUUAUUGGGACCGUUUCGACCGGU